CGAUCAGUUGGCAGUUGAACUUCGUACGGGUCGGUUGGAAAAUUGAUUUGCAGCUCUCGCGAAAUCCUUUGGAUACUUUGAACUUUCUGGACUUGAGUGUUUCUAGUAGAGUGCCAUUUUGCAACGACUGGCUGGCUCUUGGAUAGUUGUGCUCGAACGGAUUAUCGGUUUCCAGAUAUGUUGAGCUUGAUCUCUCCUGCGAGGGAAUAGCAAUAUAUAUUUGUGAUUGUUAUAGAGUUUAGAUUUCUAGGUUGUGCUUCUUCCACACCGGUGGCAAAAGAUGGUGAUUUGAAAUUCGUCGCGCAUCUCGACGGAAGAAAAAGUUUUGUCAAUACAGGCAGAGGAGAAAUAAAAGAAACCCCCCUCAGAAACCAGGGCAAGUGAAAUUGAUUGAUUUUCGUGCCCGUGUGAUCGUGUUGUUGGCCAAGGGGCAUUCCAGAAAUGGCCCUAUCAGUGUUCAGGCUUCUGGCGAUAAUAUCAACGGUAGCCACAGUCAUAGUUAACUCGCAGUUCCUCGCCUUCGAUCAGCCCAAUAAUGAGUGUGCCUUGUACGUUGGUGGUCCCGGAAAAUCUUCCGCCUUCGAUUACAACCUGAAUUUGUUCCGUGGCACGAUCUCACCGUUGCAAGCGGAACCCGGCACCUGUAUCACGUACGAUGCCAUUAAUCAGGCCUACUUGGAUGCCCGAAAACGUAUUCGGGUAUCGCAACCUAAGGGUGAUUGGAAAACGGAAGACAUCGCCACGGUCGGUGAGCUGAUACUGGACAUCUCGAUCCAACUAGCGCGUACCUAUGGAUUGACCUAUGAAGAGAUCGAGAAGGGACUUCCUUCGAUCGAUACGUCCAAAACGUUAAUCCGUGAAGUGUGUCCAGCUUUCCUGUCCGGAGUCGAGUGCCGUCCUGGUAAAUACCGUCGUGUGGAUGGCCUUUGUAACAAUUUGAAGCACCCGACAUGGGGAGCUGCUAUGACUCCAUUCCAGCGAUUGAUUGGCCCUCUGUAUGCUGAUGGUAUUAACGCACCAAGAAUCUCGGUAACCGGUAAUGAAUUGCCUCUGUCUCGUGUUGUAUCCCGAACCAUUCAUCCGGAUGAGGGUUACCAUGACCAUGCGGGAACUGUAUUCGUCAUUGCGUGGGGUCAGUUCAUGGAUCAUGAUUUCACACUUACUGGAACACCAUUGGAUCCCAUCAAUCGUAACGAUCCGGAAGAAUGCUGCAAACGUCCACCCCACCUCAAGCAUCCAUAUUGUAACGAAAUCCGUGUACCAGAUGACGAUUACUUCUACCGAUUAUUCAACGUUAAGUGUAUUGAUUUUGUGCGAGGUUUCCCUUCGCCACGUGCCGGCUGCCGUCUGGGUUCACGUCAACAAUUUAACACUCUUACCUCGGUGAUCGACGGCAACACCAUCUAUGGUGUUAAUGAGAAAUUCACCCGUAAACUUCGUACCGGCUACAACGGCCUUCUUCGGAUGAAUCCAGUAUUCGCUGAAUACGGCCUUAAGGAUUUGCUUCCACUGAAACUGGACGUCCCAGAUGAGGGCUGCACACGACCAAACAAGAGCAUGUUCUGCUUCGAAGCCGGAGAAAUUCGAGUGAACGAACAGCUGGUCCUUACCUGUAUGCACACCCUUUUGGCUCGCGAGCAUAAUCGAAUUGCUACCGAACUUGGCCGCAUAAACCCACAUUGGGACGACGAAACUCUCUUCCAGGAAGCACGUAGAAUCAACAUUGCCAUCAUCCAACACAUUACCUACAACGAGUUCCUUCCAAUUCUGCUUGGAAAGGAAGUCAUGGAGAAAUUCGGUCUCUUGCCACUGAAGGAAGGAUACUGGGAUGGUUACGACGAAAACGUAAACCCGGCCAUCAUUGAUGCCUUUUCUGCCGCUGCCUUCCGUUUCGGUCACUCGCUGCUCCCAACUGCCGUCGAACGAUGGUCCAAGGCUCACAAGUUCAUCGCUUCCAAGCGAUUGUCCGAUCUAAUCCGACGACCCUACGAUCUAUACCGUGCCGGUGUCUACGACGAGUAUCUGAUGGGUCUGAUGAAUCAAGUUGCCCAGGCUAUGGAUGACUCGAUCACUCAAGAGGUCACCAAUCAUCUGUUCAAGAAGGAAGGUGCUCGCUUCGGUAUGGAUUUGGUAUCGUUCAACAUGCAGCGUGGACGUGAGUUCGGUGUGCCCGGAUACAUGGAAUUCAGGAAAUUCUGCGGUCUUCCAACGGCCGACAACUUCCAGGAUCUGUUCGGAUCGAUGCCUAAUGAAACCGUGCGCCGAUACGAAAGUAUAUUCGAACACCCAUCAGAUGUGGAUCUGUGGUCCGGAGGUGUGUCGGAACGUUCCCUGCCCGGAUCGAUGUUGGGACCGACCUUUGCCUGCAUCAUUGCCACCCAGUUCAGCUACGUUCGCCGGGGUGAUCGCUUCUGGUACGAAUUGCCCAACCAACCGUCCUCGUUCACGCCGGAACAGCUGCAGGAAAUCCGAAAAGCCAAGCUCGGUCGGCUUAUCUGCGACAACACCGAUCUGAUCGAUACGGUGCAAAUCUACCCGAUGGUGUUGCCCGAUCAUGAAAUCAAUCCAAGAGUGCCAUGCAAGAGUGGAAUCCUGCCAUCUAUCGAUCUGACCAAGUGGGCCGACUACGGACAUGAAGGUCAAUCUCCUCACCAAUACCAAUUCCUCAACGACAUUCAUGACAACAUUGGUUUCAAAAAGUAAAACGGGAAUGGUGCUAUCCCAGCACAUGCACCAUAGAUCGAGGAGACCGAAUAAAACAAAAAAAAACUCGGGAGCGACAAACAGAGAACUUGAGCCUGAAGAAGAAUGAGUCACUCACAAUUUCAAGUAGUAAAAUCUAACACAAAAGGAAAUGAUCGUUUCAGAGAUUAAUAAUUUAGUUAAUUCAUGUUUAAUUUCAAUUCAUCCUCUCGGCACAAAUCAUCAUUUCCUUACUUUCCUAUCUACGCUCUACGCUUCUUUUUCUACCUUUCCUUUCCUCACACAAUCUGUUUCUCUACCAUCAUUUUCGUUUUUGUUGUUUUUCAUUGUAUUAUACACAUUCAAGUCAUAUUUACUUCGGAGAAGCACCUUCGUGCAACAACCGGAAGCGAACAAACUCCCAACAGAUCAUCAUAAGGAACGAAAACGGUUAAACUGUUAUUAAGUUUAUGUUUUAUUUUACAAACUUCUAAAAAACACUUUCCCCUACCAUUAACAUUUCUCGACUUUUGGGAGGCAUAUCAAUUUUAAACAUAUUCCUCAUUUUUGUUUUAAACGACGUUGAUUUAAGUGAAACUAUAAAUUUCUACACGGAAACUAUAAAAAAAAAACUGGUGUUACAAAAAACGGCAACAGACACUGCUACCUAAAGCAUUUAUUAUAAAUUACAAACUACUCGAAAUAAUUCGCUUUUACACACCCGACCACUAUUUAAAUAUUUCAACGUAUUUUUGAGAUUUCUGCGAUUAUUGGUAAGAUUUUUUUUUUCAAAUUCCAGAACAGAACUUAACAUACAAACUUAAACGCGCGUGCGAAAUUCUCUCCAUAAGCCAUAAUACCUUAUACAAGACGGUAGUGUACUAGCGAAUUGCAAGCCAUCUCUCUUUUUAUGUUUGUGUAAUAUUUAUGUAAAUAAUAAAAUGAUAAGUAAACAUUACCGAUA